AUGCCUGCGACACUUAGGCAGACGCUGUUGCUGGCCCUGUGGGCCGGCAGCCUGGUUUCCAGCUCCUGGGGAGCCGAUCUACCUACUACCGAUGUGGUAGCCUCUCACCCCAGUAUCACUCCUGCUCCGGUAGCAGGAGCUUGGCUGGCUGAGUCGGAUUCUGCCGCCAUUGAGCAUGAGGUGGAUGAAGACGAGCACCCUCGGCUGGUGGCUAGAAAGAAGAAAAAGAAGACAAGCAAGAAGUCCAGCAAGACAAGCAAGAAGUCAAGUAAGACGAGCACAAAGUCCAAGACAAAGACUUCUACCUCGACCAAGGACACGGCCACUCACACGACGAGCACAAAAUCCAAGACUUCUACUUCGACCUCGACCAAGGAUACGUCUACUCACACAACAAGCACCAAGACUCCCGAGUCUCACAGUACCUCAACCUCGACCAAAGAUACUUCUACUUCCACGAGUACCAAGACACCAGAGGUACAUAGCACCUCGACAUCGACAAAGGCUACACCUACUCAUACGACCAGCACCAAGACACCUGAGGAUCAAAGUACCUCGACUUCGACGAAGGCCACUCCUACGCAUACGACCAGUACCAAGACACCCGAUAGCCACAGUAUCUCAACAUCGACCAAGGCCACACCUACUCACACUACGAGCACCAAGACACCCGAGAGCCACAGCACCUCGAGUAGUGCGGCUCAUGAGACCUCUGCAUCGGGAGGCCAGUUCGUGCAAACCCCAACUCCAGGGACAUCAACACGGACAGUCUCGGAGGGGUCUGCGGCAGGCACUUCUACUCACAGUCAUACCACAAGCCCAGGGUCGUCUGCUAGCGGCAGUCACACGCAUACGACGAGCACUAAAUCUCAUCAAUUGUCCUCCAGCGCUGUACACCACCAUACAAGCACAGGGUCUGAGCACCCGACCUCCACACCUGAAUCUCACUCUGCAUCGCACUCUGCGUCCCACUCUGCAUCGCACUCUGCGUCCCACACUGCAUCCCACACUGCAUCCCACACCAUAACCUCGGGAUCUGCGCACAUAACCAGUAGCAGUGCCAUCGAGACUUCAUCCCAUACUGUGUCAUCAUCUAAGCCGAUCAUUUCUUCGGGCGUUGCAACUUCCACAAGUGCUACCCCGGUUAGCUCUGAAGCUGCCCAGCCGACUGAUGAUGGUUCGGGCGAUGAUGGGGAUGACGGAGAGGAUACUGGCGAUGACUCUGGGGAUGAUACCGGCGAAGACACUGGAGAAGAUACCGGCGAUGAUUCUGGUGAUGAAACUGGUGAUGAAACUGGUGAUGAAACUGGUGAUGAAACUGGUGAUGAAACUGGUGAUGAAACUGGUGAUGACUCUGGUGAUGACUCUGGUGAUGACUCUGGUGAUGACUCUGGUGAUGACUCUGGUGAUGACUCUGGUGAUGACUCUG